AUGCAUUUUCAAGUAUCACAAAUUCAUUCUAGCGUUCCUGAUUCAACCGCUCUCAUUUUCGGUAAAAGAUACUGCAGAAGUUGUGCGAGAAUAAAGUUUCCUGAAGAUCGAACAGCAGUCUUUGAACGUUCCGAUGCGAAAUUCAAUUGUUCACACUGUAACGAAAAUCAACUCUCUAAUAAUCAAUACAUAAUCGGAUCUUGCUGUCAGAAAUCGCUCUUGCGGAAAUCUGGUCCUUAUGAAUUUGGAAUGCUUAUGAAGGUCUCGACAAUUCACCUAAUUGCUCGGGCAGAGGAAGAUUCUGCGGAGAGAGCCGUUGAAAACGAUGAAGAAGAAAUGAAAAAGGCUGAAAAAUGUCUCGAAGAAGCCAAGCGGAAAGUCGAAAACUCUCGAAAAAUUCUUGCUGCGAAAAAAGAGUUUCGCAAAAAAGUUCAGAAACGUCAUUUAUUCGUCUCCAUCAUUGCAAUGAAAGAAGAUAACGAGGAACUCAAGGGCACAGUCGUCACUAAACGGGCGAAAAUGGAUUGCAAACUGACAUGUAAAGUUUGCUUCGAAAUGUACAACAAUGCUCGUCCUCAAGUACUCCUCGCCUCCUGUGGUCAUCAUUUCUGCGAGCCUUGCGUCGCACAGAGCAAGGACAAUCCACUUAGAAUUUUUAAUGGAGAUGAUAAGCUGAAAGCUUCCGAUCCCACGUCUUCUUAA